AUGGCCCGUUACAGAGAGGCAGAUCUUAUGGGCGACAGCGUUUCGCCAGGAAGGGGAUCAAGAGGUCCGGCGGAGGAGGGCAGCAGGGGGAGUUACCGGGGGGGCGGGAGGGACGGAGGGGAGAGACGUGGACGUGGGGACGACAGGGGGGCGGGGCGAGGCGCUUACGAGGGGUAUGAGGAUGUGAGGGGUCGAGGUAGGUACGGGGAGGGGAGAGAGCGCAGUUUCAGUGGCGACAGUGGGCGAGGGGGGGCGACUUUUGAGUCGACUCAGAAGUCGUAUGGUGAUGUGAGGGGGCGAGGCAGCUCUUGGGAGGGGAGAGAGCGUGGUUAUAGUGGCGACAGUGGGCGUAGAGGGGAGGGGGAGAGAGAACGGCGGAGGGGAGAUUGGGAGGGGAGUGAGGGGGAGAGAUGGAGGGGAGGAAGGGAGGGGAGUGCGGGGGAGAGGAGGCGAACAAUUAGCGAAGGGAACAGGUGGCGAGGGGAGAAUUCGGGUGGAGGGUUCAAGAAAGGUGCAGGCGAGGUUGAGGGUUUAGGAAGAAACCAGGGAAGGGUUUCAAGUUCUCAAUCCAACAGGCGCGCCUCACAGUCGGGGGAGCGAGGGGAUUAUGAUGAGAGCAGGGUGGGGAGAUUCGAUUCGCGGUCCAUGCCUGGCCGCCUGGAUGCUCCUAACAGAUGGGCAGGGCGAGUGGGAGAAGGAAGAGAAGACGAAGGAGAAGGAGGAAGAGAAGCGGUGUUUGAGAGGCCUCCAAAGGCACGAGGCCGGUCGUUUCUUGAGAACUCUCAAACGCCAGGGCGCAGAGGAGCAGGAGGAGGAGAAGAGGAGGAGUUUGAGAGGCUUUGGAAGGGACGAGGGGGUUAUGGGAGCGACGGCGGCGAAGGUAGCGCGGGCAGUGGGGACGGGAAGGGGUACGAUGAGGACGAUCUGUUUGGGUGGUCGUCUGCAGACGACUUGGAGGUGCAGCUGCAGCGUGAGGAGCGCCGGUCCGUACAAAACUGGCUGGGCCUAUCCGGACGGAAAAAGCCGCUCUCCGCCGCCCAGAAGGACCAGUUUUUCAACGUCGCGCCACCCGGAGGCGAUCCCGAGAUCGCCCCACAAGAUCCGCACUUCCCCUUCCAGUACAGCUACUCCGAGACCCCCACCACCCCCCCGAUCGGUUACCGCGAACCCCCCUUCUCCCCCUUCGGCCCCGCUACCAUGUCCCGCCCCUGGACCGGGCGCGCCCCGCUGAAAAAGGCGAAAAAAGGGGGCGGGGCGGGGAAUUUACCCCGGGUGAUUCCGGAGUUUGACUCGUUUGUGGCGCCGAGGCGGAAGAGGGGGAUGAAGGGCGUGCAGCCUCCGGGGCCGUUUGGGGAGGGGGAGGGGCCGCGGUAUGUGCGGACACGAGAGGAGGUGCUGGGGGCGCCGCUGACAAGGGAGGAGGUGGAGGAGAUGGUUGCUGACUGUAACAAGGGGCGACGACAGGUGAACCUAGGUCGAGACGGGCUGAUUCACAACAUGCUGGAGCUGAUUCACACGCACUGGAAGCGGCGGCGGUGCGUGAAGGUCAAGUGCAAGGGCGUGCCCACCGUUGACAUGGACAACGUGUGCCACGUGGUGGAGGACAAGACGGGAGGCAGGAUCAUCAAACGACAGGGCGGCACCCUCUACGUGUUCCGCGGGCGCAACUACAACUACCGCCUGCGCCCGCGCCUGCCGCUCAUGCUGUGGAAGCCCCCCGCGCCCAUCUACCCCAAGCUCAUCCAAGACGCGCCUGGGGGAUUGACUCUGAGGCAGGCACAGGAGCUGAGACGCAUUGGGAGAAAGAUCAAACCUCUGUGCAAGCUGGGCAAGAACGGCGUGUAUCACCGGCUGGUGGGCGUGGUGCGGGCGGGGUUUGAGGAGGCGGAUCUGGUGCGGGUGGACUGCAAGGGCAUGAACAAGAGCGACUACAAGAAGAUCGGUGCUAAGCUAAGGGACCUGGUGCCAUGUGUCCUGCUCUCAUUCGACAAGGAGCAGAUCCUCAUGUGGCGCGGGCUGGACUCACAGGAACCUUCUCCCGAAGCUCCCCCCGAAGCUUCUUCUGAAACUUCCACAGUGGCAAACGUAAAAGGAGCCAUUGCAGGUUCAGUGGCAGAUGGGGGAGGGAAAAAUCCGGCAGGAGAGAUUUCAAGAGGGUUGGUGGGAGGUGGGAAUGUGGGAGUGGGGGCUGGGAUGGAAGGAGGGGAGGUGGGAGAGAGGCAGGGAGUGUGGAGAUUUGAUGUGGAGGAUGAGGGGGAGGUGGAGGUGAGUGUGAGUGUGGAUGCAGAUGGCGUGAUGGUGGUGGGUGGGGAGGAGGGGGAGGAGGAAGAGGGGGAGGAAAUUGGUGGUGGUGUGGAUGGGGAUGAUUGGGAUGAUGAGGAGAGGAAAUUGUGGUGCCUUUUCGUGAUCGCGCUCCUAUUAUGUGCGUCCAUUCACUCCGCCGAUGCGAAGAAAAAGAAAAAGGUCGUAGUGGAGGAAGAGGAGGCAGCAGAUGAGGGAAGCACCGCGGCUGAGCCGAGCGACGAGGGAGACGCAGAAGAGAAAACAACCACCAAAGCUUCCAAAGCAGACGCUGAAGCUUCAGAGGAUGAAGAAGCAGAGCCGCCUGCGAAAUCCUCAAAGUCGUUAAAAAAAGCCAGCAAGCUCAAGAAGGCAGCGGAGGAGGACGAGGGGGACGAGAAGGAUGAAGCAGCAGCAGACGCCGACGAGGCUGAUGCCCCUGCUCCGAAAAAGGUAAAGUCUGCGAAGAAAGCGAGCGACGACGAAGAGGAGGACGCAGACGCUGCACCUGUCGCUAAGAAAAAGGCUGCAGCUGACGACGAGGAAGCUUCCGCGGAAACGGAGGACGAAGAGGAAGCUCCUGCGGCGAAAAAGAAGCCUGCAGCAAAAAAGAAGGCUGCAGCCGCGGAGGAGGAGGCUGGUGAAGAUGACGCAACCGAGGAGGAGGAUAAGCCGAGCAAAGCCGCUGUAGCUAAGGCCGCUAGCGCUAAGGAAGCGGCUGCAGGAGAGGACGAGGAAGCAGAGAGCGAGAAGGUUACGGCGACUGAAGCCGAUGAGGAGAAACCCGCUGGUGCGAAAGCUGCGAAGGGCGGCGUCGCGGCUGUUUCUAAGGAGCCUCCUAUGGAGUCGCCGAAAGUCCCAGCCUCGGCGUGGAAGUCGAAAAACCAGACGCGCGACGACAUUGAUCCGCAAGGCGCUUGCAAGCGGGACAUCACGCUUCACUGCCAGGGAAUCACUCCCGGCGAGGCUCAGCUGUCGCUCUGCCUCGUCUUCCACAUCAAGAACGAGAAGGCCGGCAACGAAGUCGCCACGAUCAUGGUGUCCAAGAAGUGCCGAGCGGAGAUCCGGCAGUUCCGAUCCGACAUGUACAGGGACCUCUCCAUGGACAAGGCCAUGUCGACGGCGUGCAAGGCGGACAUCACCAAGUUCUGCGACGACGACUUCCUGUAUCCGGAACCCGGCAACAUCAUUGCUUGCCUCAGGGAGGUGAAGCAGGUGGAGAAGCUGCAGGACGCGUGUCUGGCGGAGGUGCUGCGGCACCAGAUGGAGGCGGCGGACGACUUCGUGAUGGACCCGCAGCUGCGCGAGCUCUGCAGCGGCGAGGCUGACCGCCUCUGCAAGGGCGUCGAGCCCGGGGAAGGCCGCGUGCAGAACUGCCUGAGGGAGCACCGCACGAAGCUGGCGUGGGAUUGCCAGGCGGAGCUGUUCCGGCAGGAGGUGGAGAACGCCGAUGACAUCCGCCUCAACGUUCGCCUCUUCCAAGCGUGCCUGAACGACCAGCGCAAGUUCUGUGCGGAUGUGAAGUAUGGAGAUGCGCGUGUGAAGGACUGCCUGGAGGACCACCGCCUCGACGACGAGUUCUCCCCUGGCUGCAAGACGGAGUUUGAGAAGAUGAUGGCGCGGAGGGCCACGGACUUCAGGUUGGAUUCGCGCCUGCGCAAGUACUGCAAGGGCGACAUUGCUGAGAUCUGCUACCCGGACGCGGAGGACAUAUCGGACGUGGCAAACUACGACGCCAAGGUGAUCCAGUGUCUGCAGGACUACCGCGACGAGCUCAAGGACCCCAAAUGCAAGGCGCAGGUGCACAAGCUCACCGAACGGGAGAUCGACAUCCGCUUCAACAAACCCCUUGCUGACGCCUGCCAAGCUGAUCGCACAACGGUGUGCAAGGAUGCACCGGAUGGGCAGGCGUCGGUGUUCAUGUGCCUGCAGGACCACAUGCCGCAGCUCAAGGAGGCAUGCCGCAACUCUGUCUUUGAGCAGCUGGUGCGCAUGGCGGAGGACAUUGACUUCAAGUUCCCCAUGAAGAAGGCGUGCCAGUCGGAGCUUGACAAGUUCUGCAAGGACGUGCCCCACGGCCACGCGUCUCGCAUCAAGUGUCUGCAGGACCACAUCGACGAUGCUGAUUUCGGGGAGGCGUGCCGCAAGGAGGUGCAAUCGGACCUCGUGCGAUCAGCACAAGACUACCGGCUGAACUACCGGCUGCAUAAGGCAUGCCUGCCGGACAUCCAGCAGCACUGCCUGCACGCGUGUGACGCCGCCUCAGCCAACGGCACAGCCACGUGCGGCGGCAUGGUGCUGCGCUGCCUGCAGGACAACAAGGCCAAGCUGCAAUCGCCCUCCUGCACCCAGGAGGUCGACUCCUUCAGCGUGAUCCAGUCCAAGGACCCGCUGUCCUUGGAUGUGCCGCUGCAGAAGGCGUGUCAGGGGGAUCUGGUCAAGCUGUGCCCGGAUGUGAGCCGGGACCACGCUCGCACGCUCUCGUGCCUGCGGACCAAGAGGGAGAAGCUGUCGACGUCGUGCCGGGAGGAGGAGAUGCGAUUCAGUAUCAUGGAGGCAUCGGACAUUCGCCUCACACCGUCACUCAUGAACGCAUGCGGCCAAGAGCUGCAGAGUCUGUGCCGCGACGUGCCCCCCACGGAGGGGCAGGCGUUCAAGUGUCUGCAGGAGCACCUGCAGGACGUGGGCAUGGGCGCGGCGUGCAAGGGCGAGGUGAACCUGCAGGAGGCGCGGCACGCCUCCAACUACCGCCUGGACGUGCGCGUGCGCAAGGAGUGCGAGGACGACGUCACCAAGUUCUGCAACGGCGUGGACGCGGGGCAGGAGGGCCAUGCGCUCGUGCUCAAGUGCAUGGUCGGCAGCUUCAAGAGCCUCUCCGCCUCCUGCCAGUCCGAGGUGUCCUAUGCGGUGCGCAUGGCCCUCUUCCAGUACCACAAGGGAGCAGCACUCACGCAGCCGUGCGACACAGCAGUAGAAGAGCUCUGCAACACCGGCAGUGCUGCCGCUGCCACCACGCCCGUCAAAGAGAUCAACGGCGCUGUCAUCGGCGUGUACGGGCAGUGCCUCGUGUCGCAGAAGCGCCAGCGCCUGCCGGAGGAGUGUCGCACGCUGGUGAAGCUGGUGGCCAAGGAGGGCGCAUAUGUGGGCGGCACCGUGGACCAGAACAAGCUUGAGGAGACACUCAUGAAGCUCAAGGCGCUACAGGAGGCUGCAACAGCAGCGACAACAGCAGACGGAGGGAGGGUGGUCCCUCACGACACAGGCCUCGUGAUUUCCGGCUGGCUGGCUGCUGCUGCCCUCGCAGCCGUGGUCAUUGUCGCCAUUGCGAUCAGCUGUGCUGUCUACUACAGGUUCUUCAGCCCCACUCGCAACUACACUCUGGUUGUCAAGUCCGCUCCGGGCGCCGUUGGAGUGUAG